CAAGCACUGCUUAUAGUCCUCUCUCAACUAUUCAGCCAUGCAAAACCCAAACCCUCAUGCAGUCCUCCUCGCCAGCCCUGGCAUGGGCCACUUCAUCCCCGCGGUGGAGCUCGGAAAACACCUCGCCACCCAUCAUGGCUUCGAUGUGACCAUCUUCGUGGUCGCCGCCGAUGCCUCCAUAACAGAAUCUCCACUCUUUAAGCCGCCACAGACUCCAAAUCCGCUGAACCUUGUGUUGCUCCCUCCGGUUGACGUUUCUGCCCUCGUCAAUUCGACCGCCUCGGUCGUGACCCGACUGGUGAUCAUGAUGCGUGAGGCUCUGCCAUUGCUUCAGGCCGCCAUCUCUUCCAUGAAGUCUCGCCCCACCGCUCUCAUAGUCGACAUGUUCGGAACGGAAGCUUUAGCGAUAGCAGAGGAGUUUGACAUGCUUAAGUAUGUCUUCAUCACAUCGACAGCAUGGUUUCUCGCGGUCACCGUUCACUUUCCGUAUAUAGAUGAAGAAGCAGAACACAAGCAUCGCGUUAUGAAAAGGCCGCUCGAUGUCCCGGGCUGCCGGUCCAUUCGACACGAGGAUACCUUAGACCUAUUCCUUGAUCAAACCGAUAGGAAUCUCUUUUCGGGCUUCGCUCGCAUUGGGAUGGAGAUAUCGAAUGCAGAUGGGAUCUUGGUGAACACAUGGCAGGAUCUCGAGCCAUCGACUUUGCGUGCACUAGAAAAUGAGAAGUUCCUGGGUCGAGUCGUCAAGGCGUCGGUUUUUCCGGUUGGUCCGUUGGUUAGACCUAUCGGGCAAAGUUCAAAGAGUGAGGUGAUGGAUUGGCUAGACAUGCAACCGAUGGAGUCGGUGAUCUACGUCUCUUUCGGGAGCGGUGGAACCUUGUCGGCAAAGCAAACGACCGAGCUCGCCUGGGGGUUGGAGCUGAGCCAACAAAGAUUCGUCUGGGUGGUGCGCCCGCCAGUGGACGGCGAUGCGUCCGCAAACUUCUUCAACGUGACAAACAGCCACGAUGGCACCCCGAGCUAUCUCCCCAGUGGCUUCUUCACUAGAAUCCGGAACAAGGGCAUGGUGGUACUGAUGUGGGCUUCGCAGACCGAGAUCUUGGCGCAUAAAUCUAUCGGCGGGUUCCUCUCGCACUGCGGUUGGAAUUCAACCCUAGAGAGCAUGGUCAACGGGGUGCCUAUGGUGGUGUGGCCGCUCUAUGCCGAGCAACAGAUGAACGCGGCAAUGUUAGCAGAAGAGCUCAAGGUGGCGGUCCGGCCAAAGAUACAGCCGAAUGCCGGCGUGAUCGAGAGGGAGGAGAUAGCGGGGAUGGUGAGAAGGGUCAUGGAAUUGAAGGGCAAUGAGAUGAGAGAUAAAGUUAAGGAGCUACAAAGAAGUGCCAUCCAGGCACUGAUGCAAGGUGGUUCCUCCUACAAUUCACUGGAAAGAGUAUCAAAGGAUUGUGAACUCAAGCUGCAUCGUCUGAGCGCUACCGCUCUUGGCGCUUGAAGAAGAUGGAUUUUGUAUCUUGUGGUUUUUCGGAGAUUCUCGACAACGUCUUCAUUUCGUUAUUAAUCUACUAUAAUAUUGUAGACAUGAGAGCUGUUGAUUAUGGCUGAUGAUGAUACGGAUGAUAGAAUGGUAAGCAAAUCAUAAGUCGAGAUGCGUAUUUGAA